AUGCACUCGCCAUUGACCCAACAUUCUAUCGUUGAUCCCCGAUUCUCACGAUUCACGCAAGCCGCUCCUGUUGGCGACCUCAGUAGGGUUAGUCGACUAUCGACUGCCCUGUUCCACGCCGCCAACAUUCCUCCUCCCGGCUACCCCGACUCACUCCUCCACCACCGAUCGCACUCGGCACGUUCUCGACCUGAGCUCGAUAGCACGACAGUCGGAUUGCCAGCUGAAGGAGAAAACGAGAAACACGAAAGCUCUCGGCGACCGUCCUUGUCCUCUGCCACAGAAUCUGACGAUUUCUCUGUCUGGAGUGACACUGGAGAUCUCGCAGAACAGCUUGCCAACGACGAGGAUCCCUAUCGGAUCGAGCUUGAAGCUCUUACCAGGGAAGGUGAGAGGCUCCGGCGCUCCGGUCACGGUGGAGGACGGAAGAAGAGAGUCGGGUUCAAAAAGGAACAUCAUCUCCAGGGGGGCUCAAGUCGUCGACGAAUAAAUAAAGAAGCUAUCUUCAUUCCGGAGCCUCCACCGAGGCAGAUACCCAAGGCAGAAAGAUUGCUAGCUCUCGUCAUGGCGCCAAACGACCCUCAAUCUGCCCGGGUCAAGGGCCUCGUUGGCAAACCUCUCCUAUAUUUUACGAGUGUGUUCGUAUCUCUGGGGGUUUUCCUUUUCGGAUAUGAUCAAGGCGUUAUGUCUGGUAUUAUCACGGGCCCUUUUUUUCGAGACUACUUCAACCAGCCAGGUCCUGCUGAGGUUGGGACUAUGGUCGCAAUCCUUGAAGUCGGAGCCCUUAUUGCAUCGUUAUGUGUUGGUAGAAUUGGUGACAUUAUUGGACGCCGCCGCACUAUCCUUUACGGCUCCAUGGUUUUCUUCGUCGGAGGCAUGCUGCAGACCUUUGCAAAUGGUAUGCCCAUGAUGAUGACUGGGAGAUUUAUCGCCGGUCUGGGUGUCGGAGCGCUCUCCACGAUUGUGCCUGUCUACCAGUCUGAGAUCAGUCCUCCACACAAUCGUGGUAAGUUGGCCUGUAUAGAGUUUACAGGGAAUAUAUUUGGCUACGCAGCCAGUGUUUGGGUGGACUAUUUCUGCAGUUACAUUGAGAGCGACUACUCUUGGCGAACACCUCUCCUUAUGCAGUGUCUUAUGGGAGCUCUGCUAGGUUUCGGCAGUCUCAUCAUCUGCGAGUCUCCAAGAUGGCUUCUGGACAAUGAUCAUGAUGAAGAAGGGAUCAUAGUGAUUGCUAACCUGUACGGCAAGGGAGACAUCCACAAUCCCAAGGCGCGACAGGAAUACCGAGAGAUCAAGAUGAACGUUUUGUUGCAACGCCAAGAGGGAGAACGGUCAUACUCCGAUAUGUUCAAGCGAUACAGCAAGCGUGUCUUCAUCGCCAUGUCCGCUCAGGCAUUUGCCCAACUCAACGGCAUCAAUGUCAUUUCAUACUAUGCGCCACUUGUCUUCGAAUCAGCUGGGUGGGUUGGACGCGACGCAAUCCUCAUGACAGGUAUCAAUGCUAUCUCAUACCUGGCUUCGACUGUUCCACCUUGGUAUUUGGUGGAUAGGUGGGGACGACGACCUAUUCUCCUUUCCGGAGCAGUGGCUAUGAUCAUCUCGCUCUCACUGAUCUCGUACUUUAUCUUCAUUGACAUCAAGUACACCCCUGCACUUGUGGUCAUCUUCGUCAUGAUCUAUAACGCCUCUUUCGGUGCAAGCUGGGGGCCUAUUCCAUGGCUGUAUCCGCCAGAAAUUCUGCCAUUGAGCAUUCGAGCCAAGGGUGCUAGUUUGAGCACUGCUAGCAAUUGGGCAUUCAAUUUCUUGGUGGGAGAACUCACGCCUGUACUACAAGGUGCUAUAAAAUGGCGUUUGUAUCUCGUACAUGCCUUCUUUUGCGCUGUGAGUUUUGUUCUUGUAUAUUUCGUCUAUCCCGAGACUGCAAACGUUCGCCUCGAAGAUAUGAAUGCCCUCUUUGGGGACGCCACAACUGCGAUGCCCACCCCAGCAACACAAGCGGAACAAGGUUCUUUGAUGGGCGUUGGGUCGCCCUCCUCGAUCGAUAUCAGACAAGGAACCAACCAACCAGGAAUGUUUUCGGCCGGUGACGCCAUCCCAGGCCUUGAUAUUGAUCCACCCGACGUCCAGCUAGAUGCCAAUGGCAGACCGCGAGGUCGAAGUGACAGUACCCAAGGCUUCGGCAACUGGAUUGGAAGGAUGGUGUCGAGAUCGCGACAAGACAGCAGUUCCCGGGGUCAGUACAAUAAAGUUGGACAAGAUGAAGAUUAA